AUGUCGGAUCACGAGUCGCCUGCUGGCUCCCCAGCAAGAGAGGACCCUCCCGUUGAUGAUGGUCAAGAAAAAGAGUUUGAGAAAGAGGUGGCAGCUGCGGAUUCGGACAAGGACUCUGACCUGCUAUCCGAAGUCGACGAAGAUCAAUUUGAAGAUUACGACCCCGAGACGGCCAACAUUGAGGAUCGGCCCGUCGACAUUGAUGAAGACGUCGCCCGCACGCUCAAGGUGUCAAAGCGGAAGCGCAUAGAAGGGCAGCCAAAGAAACCACGCGAAGGACGACGCGAGAAGAAGCGUCGCGACCGCGAUGACGACGUGACGAUGGAAGACGGAUCUGAUGGUGACCAGGAGCGCAAGCCUCGACGCCGUAGGGCCGCUGCCGAGGGCGAGCGGGCUCCUCGAGCUCAGCGAAUCAGACAGGCGUCGCCGGAGCCGGAAAAUGAAGAAAACUUGACUCCGGAAGAACGGCGAAAGCGUGCGAUUGACAGGGCUCUCGAUGCAGCCAUCAAAAAGGGCGGAUCGUCAUCGACAAGACGACGGAAGAAGGAUGAAAUUGAUUUGGAAGACGAAAUCGACGAGCAACUGGCCGAUCUCAAAGUGCAGAUGGAAAAGGCCUGUUUAGCUGACAACGAGGCUCGUCGCGUGGGUCAACCUGCGCUGCACAAGCUCAAGCUGCUCCCGCAGGUGAAUGCCAUUCUGAACCGCAACAACGUGCAACACGCGGUGCUGGACCCUGAUACCAACUUUUUGCUGCAUGUCAAGUAUUUUCUGGAGCCGUUGAGCGACGGAUCGUUACCGGCGUACAACAUCCAGCGCGACUUGUUCACAGCGCUGACCAAGCUUAACAUUGAGAAGGAGGCGCUUCGCAGCAGCGGAAUUGGGAAGAUUGUGCUCUUCUAUACCAAGAGCAAGAAGCCCGAGCCGAGCAUCAAAAGGAUGGCAGAGAGGCUACUAGGAGAAUGGAGUCGUCCCAUUCUGAAGAGGACGGAUGAUUACAAGAAGCGGCAUGUUGAAACACGCGAAUUUGACUACCACGCCGCGAAGCUGCAACAGCGGCAAAAGGCUGGCUCACAGUUCAGCCUCACGCAGCGCCCAGCGCAAUCGGCGGCUGAGGUGGAGAGGGAGAGGUUGCUGGCGCCGACGCGAGCCAACAAUGAGGCCCGCAUGGCCAGCUUGCCGUCAAGCUACACGAUUGCGCCAAUGAGUACAUUUGACGGUAAUCGGGCCAACGACCACCGACCAUUGGGCGCAAGCGGCAUGGAAGCGUUCCGGAAAAUGACACAAAAGAGCAAGAAGCGGGCGUGA